AUGUUUCCUUCAGUGUCCCGCACUGACGCCUUUGUCUUCGUGCAGCAGUAUCCUCACCCGAGCACCAUGGACAGCAACACCGCUGCCAGUCACAGCGGCGGGAUGAUGCAGCCCACAGAAACCGCGCUGUGGGAGACAGAUGCGCACUUUGAUCACGCAGCUUCGUCCUCGUCCUCUUCCUCCUCCCCAACACGCUCCAACCAGCGGACGGAUCUUGGCGAGGUUGUGGAGGAGCUCGAGGGCAAGCGGAGUGUGACCACUCAGACCCAGCGGCUGUCGUUCCUGCCACCACUUCGCAAGCUGCGGAAGCCACAAGCGGCGAGCAAAGAAACCAGUGAGCCCAGGAGGCGGAUCACUGCAGACCCCUUCGACCCCAACCCGCGCAAGCGGCCGCGCAACCACUACACGCAGAUGCAGAAGGACCUCGUCAUCCAGGCUGGCGAAAGCAGCAGCGCCGACGCUCGCCGCAUUGGAGCCCUCUUUGGCAUGCCGCCGGCAACCGUCAAGACCGUGCUUUACCACGCAAGGCGGAAAGAACAAGGGCUAGAAGAAGGGCAUGCGACGCCAGCAAGCAGCUCCACAGCACCAAGAAGCCAGCGGGGGAGGAAGGCAGGCACGCCCAGGAGGCUUUUCCCUGAGGACGAGGAAGUGAUGAGAGAGCUCCUUCAUGACGACUGCACGAUGACUGCAGACCAGCUUGCAGACCACAUGAACCUUGAAAAGCUCCGCCGAAUCAUGAUCAGACUGGAGGAGCAGCUGCCCGCAGAGCAACGGUUGCGGGACGAGGAGAAGGUCUUCCUUGGGCCACUGAACCGUGAGACGUGCCUCGAGAACCCUGUGGUGAAGGAGCUCUAUGACAAGACGCACAUUGAAGGCACCCGCAGCGUGUAUCGCGCGCUGAAGCGAAACAUCUUCACCCUCAAGCGAGUAAUUCCAGCAGCUGGAACGACAAUGAACAGCGAGGCCAGCAUGCAGAAGCGCCUGGCGUUUGCGAAGGAGCUGCGCGACCUCCUCCUCGAGGACAACGCCUACAUCGUCUACAUCGACGAGAUGCCGUUCUAUCUCCCAUGCGGCAGGCACCACGGAUUGCCGCCGCGUCGUGAUGGCGCCGUGCACGAGGACGUGCCCGUGAUGUCCUGUAGCACACAAGUGGCCAUGGCAGUCUCGCACAUGCACGGGCUUCUUUACGGCAAGCUCUACCCACCAGAGAUGCACAGCACUGGCAGCGACGGGCAGAGGAAGACCAAGAAGGCCCUCAAGGCCACCUACACGCAGGUCCACUUCAAAGACUUCCUCAACAACCUUCUCCACACGCUCUGGCACAAGCGCGAAAGCCUUGGCCUCAGCGGGGCGAAUAUCGUGUUCCUGAUGGCCAGCGCGCCAGAACAAGGACAGCGAGCGGCAGAGGCUGCCACGCAGAUGCUGCAGGCCUACGACAGCUUCCACCUGUGGCGCGAGUGGAUUGCGACCGGUCGGUGCAGCCUGUCCGUCAAGUUUAGCUCCCCCGAAUCGCCCUCGCUGAACCUGACUGAGGUCUACAACAGAGCAUUGCGGCAGAGGGCGAACCAGCUUCGCAAGACCCCAGACUUUAUUGGCAAGCUGGAGUCCAAAGACAUUCCGCGAGGGCAGGUGCAGAAGACGCGUGUGAAGGUGCUGUGCGACAUCAUCGAGCGAGCCAUGGCUGACCUGCAGCGAAGGGCUCUCAAGCAAGCAAGCAAGGCGAGAAUGGCAGAGGAAGCACUACAUGUCAUUCAGCUCAACGGGUUUCUCGACAAGCACUGGCGACCGGUCCAGCUGAGACACAACCAGGCCCACUCAACGGAUAUGGGCGACAACACGGAUGCUGACAAUGUCAAUGAUGCUGCUGCUGCUGACAACGACGAAGGCGGCAGUGGUAGUGGUAGUGAUGAUGAUGAUGAUGAUGAUGAUGAUGAUGAUGAGUGA